AUGCACCUUCUGCUCCUGCUGCUUGCACUGUGCCAGACGGGCCGCGUUGUCCUGUCGCUCAGCUUCAGCUUGCAAGGAAAGUGGUGGAUUCGCGGCGCGAACGACUCGCUGCGGCUUCCGGGGAUGGUUCCCGGCUGCGUGCACAGCGCCUUGUUCCAGCAGGGCCUGAUUCAGGAUCCCUACUACAGGUUUAAUGACCUUAACUACAGGUGGAUCUCUUUGGAUAACUGGACCUAUAUCAAGGAAUUUACAACCCCCUUUGAUGUGAGCAAAUGGCAAAAAAUAAUCCUGAUUUUUGAAGGUGUUGAUACAGUUUCAGAAAUCCUGCUCAAUAACAUCACUAUUGGGAAAACAGACAACAUGUUCAAUAGAUAUAGCUUUGAUAUCACCAGCGUGGUGAGAGAUGUGAAUGUGCUUGAGCUACGUUUCCUGUCAGCCGUGUUGUAUGCAGCAAGACAGAGCAAGGCCCACACUGCCUACCCGGUGCCUCCAGAUUGCCCCCCACUCGUGCAGAAGGGGGAAUGCCAUGUCAACUUUAUUCGAAAGAAGCAGUGUUCCUUUAGUUGGGACUGGGGGCCUUCCUUUCCUACUCAAGGAAUCUGGAAAGAUGUUCGGAUAGAAGCCUAUAAUAUUUGUCAUCUGGACUACUUCACAUUUUCCCCUAUUUAUGAUAACAGUACCCAGAGGUGGACCCUUGAAAUAGAGUCUUCUUUCGAUGUUGUCAGCUCACAGCCAAUAUGUGCUCAAGUGAUUGUAUCCAUUCCUAAAUUGCAAAUUCAGCACAUACGCAGCGUUGACCUCAUCCCUGGGCAAAGUCUGGUUAAACUGCUUAUCAACAUAAACAAGAAUGCUUCUGUAGCAACUUGGUGGCCUCAUGGACAUGGAAAUCAGACUGGGUACAACAUGACUGUUCUUUUUAAACUGGAUAAAGGCUUGACUAUUAAAAACUCAGCUAUGGUUUAUUUCAGGACUGUGGAACUUAUUGAGGAACCUAUACAAGGGUCUUAUGGCCUAAGUUUCUACUUCAAAAUUAAUGGAAUUCCCAUAUUUCUGAAAGGCUCAAACUGGAUCCCAGCAGAUUCAUUCCAAGAUCAAGUAACAUCUGACUUGUUACAACUCCUCUUGCACUCGACUGUGGAUGCUAACAUGAAUGCUCUCCGGGUUUGGGGAGGAGGAAUUUAUGAGCAGGAUGAAUUCUAUGAACUCUGUGAUCAACUAGGAAUAAUGAUAUGGCAGGAUUUCAUGUUUGCUUGUGCCCUUUAUCCAACCGAUCAGAGCUUCAUGGAUUCUGUCAGCGCAGAAGUUGGUUCCCAGGUCAGGAGACUAAAAUCUCAUCCCUCUAUUAUCAUAUGGAGUGGCAAUAAUGAAAACGAAGCAGCACUGAGGUUGAAUUGGUAUGAUGUACCUUUGUAUAAACAGCAGUUGUACAUUGAUGAUUAUGUGAUGUUAUACGUGAAAAAUAUCAGAGAGAUUGUCCUGAAAGAAGACAAGACUCGUCCCUUUAUCACAUCCAGUCCUACAAAUGGGGCCAAAUCUGUUGAAGAAGGCUGGGUCUCUUACAACCCGUAUAGCACACAUUAUGGUGACGUGCAUUAUUACAACUACACUGGUGACUGCUGGGAUUGGAAAAUUUUCCCUAAGGCCCGAUUUGUAUCAGAAUAUGGCUAUCAGUCAUGGCCUUCCUUCAGUACCGUAGAAAAGGUUUCAUCUAAAACCGACUGGUCGUUCAAGAGCAAUUUUUCACUUCACAGACAACAUCAUUAUAAUGGUAACAUGGAAAUGCUGACUCAGGCUAAUCUUCAUUUCAAACUCCCUCUCAGUACAGACCCAGUACGCGUGUUCAAAGAUACCAUCUACCUGACUCAGGUGAUGCAGGCCCAGUGUGUCAAAGUGGAAACUGAAUUCUACCUCCGUAGUCGAAAUGAGAUAGUGAACGGAGAAGGACACACGAUGGGAGCACUUUACUGGCAGCUGAAUGACAUCUGGCAGGCUCCUUCCUGGGCUUCUCUGGAGUAUGGAGGAAAGUGGAAGAUGCUUCAUUACUUUGCUCAGCGUUUCUUUGCUCCGGUGUUGCCAGUUGGCUUUGAAGAUCAGAAUGUAUUUUAUAUCUACGGUGUGUCAGAUCUCCGCUCAGACUCCAGGAUGACACUUACAGUGAGAGUCCAUGAAUGGAGUUCUUUGAAGCCUCUGUGCUCUCAUGUGACUGACCAAUUUGUGGUUAAAUCAGGAACAGCCAUUCUCAUCUAUAAAGAGCCUGUGCCAUCACUGCUAAGGAGAUGUGGGCAUUGUACUCGGCAAAAAUGUGUGCUUUCCUUUUACCUUUCAACUAACAGGAAACCAUUGGGUCCAACCAACUAUCACUUCCUGUCCUCGCCAAAGGAGGCUGUGGGGCUGCAGAAGGCACAUAUCAAAGUCCUCAUCUCUCAGCAAGGUGACAUGUUUGUUUUUUCUCUGGAAACCUCAGCUGUGGCUCUCUUUGUUUGGUUGGAUGUGGGUAGUAUCUCAGGGAGAUUUAGUGACAAUGGCUUCCUCAUGACCGAGAAGAAACGAACUGUGUUCUUUUACCCGUGGAAGCCCACCAGCAAGAGAGAAUUGGAACAAUCGUUUCGUGUGACUUCCCUGAUGGAUAUUUACUGA